AGUGAGGGGAGGGCGCUCGGAAGGGGAGGAGCGACGAAAGCAAACAGAGAAAGUUGCUUCUUCAGCAACUGAUUGUUGCCAGGCAGAAAAAAAGGAAGCGGAUGAAAGGUAAGCACUGGGGCGUAGACCCUGCCUGUGGCCACAGGUGACAGAUGUGUCCAAAAGACAAUCUGAGGAGAAACUUCUGGAGUCUGGGAGCAAAGCGGAGUGAUGGAUGUACAUUGAAGUGAGGACUCUGAGAACUGAAGCCCGCAGUGGAAGGAACUGCCUUUCGUUUCUGUAACACCACCAUCACCACAGCCCUCGUUAAUCAUCAGGAAGUUUCUGGACCGGAUUGGUGUGGGCUAGCGCGCUCUGCAGCCGUGGAAGUGCCUCCCCGGCUCUCUGGAGAGCGUCACUCCUAAGCUGCAAGCCAAGACACUAAGCUACUGGCUCACUGUGGGAACAACGAACUUCGCCUCACUCGGGUUUGGACAGUUUUCCAAUUCCUUGGAGGAUUUUCUGUCUCUCCCUAUGUCACAAGAGGAUUCAGGACCGAGAGAGAAGAGUUCAGGAUGAAGGUGAAAGGCAAUGGUGUCACCUGCUUGCUGGUCUCCUUCGGUGUCAUUUGCCUGGUGGCCACCCCUGGGGGCAGGGCCUGUCCUCGCCGCUGUGCCUGCUAUGUGCCUACAGAAGUGCACUGCACAUUCCGGUACCUGGCUUUCAUCCCGGACAACAUCCCGCCCAACGUGGAGCGCAUCAAUUUCGGGUACAACAGCUUAGUUAGGUUGACGGAAGCCGACUUUUCUGGCCUGAGCAAAUUGGAGUUGCUAAUGCUGCACAGCAAUGGCAUCCGCACGAUCGCUGAUAAGACCUUCUCGGAUUUGCAGGCCUUGCAGGUCUUAAAAAUGAGCUAUAACAAAGUCCAAAAACUUCAGAAAGAUACUUUUUAUGGCCUCAGGAGCUUGACACGGUUGCAUAUGGACCACAACAAUAUUGAGUUUAUAAACCCAGAGGUGUUUGUUGGACUCACCUCGCUCCGCCUUGUCCACUUGGAAGGAAAUCGGCUCACCAAGCUUCAUCCAGAUACGUUUGUCUCUAUGCACUACCUCCGGGUAUUUAAAGUGUCUUUCAUCAAGUACCUCUACUUGUCUGAUAACUUCCUGACCUCCCUCCCCCAUGAGAUGGUCUCCUCUAUGCCAGACCUGGAAAGCCUAUAUCUGCAUGGGAAUCCAUGGACCUGUGACUGCCACUUAAAAUGGUUGUCUGACUGGAUACAGGAGAAGCCAGAUGUAAUAAAAUGCAAAAAAGACAGAAGUCCUUCCAGUGCACAGCAGUGUCCCCUGUGCACUAACCCCAGGACCUCUAAAGGCAAGCCCUUUGCUGUGGUCCCAGCAGCAGCUUUCCUGUGUGCCAAGCCAACUAUUGACCCAUUCCUGAAAUCAAAGAGCCAAACUAUUCCGGAAGACAGCCCUCCUGCCUCCAUCUCUCCCCACGAUUUCAUGGCACCUUUUGGCUCCCUGGCUUUGAAUAUGACAGACCAGUCUGGAAAUGAAGCUAACAUGGGCUGCAGUAUCCAAAAGCCCACAAGGACAUCACCCAUUGCAGUCACAAAAGACAAUGACCGCAUCAGACUAAAUAUAUCCUUUUCAGCAUCUCUGGUGUGCAACCUCGAUCACAGUCACAUUCAGCCAGUGUGGCAACUUCUGGCUUUAUACAGUGAUUCUCCUCUAGUUCUUGAAAGGAGCCACGUACUCAGGGAAACACCACAGCUCUGCUACAAAUAUAAACAGAUGGCUCCUAAACCUGAAGACAUUUUUACCAACAUAGAGGUUGACCUCAGUGCAGAGCCCUCUUGGUUAAUGCAAGACCGAAUUUCCUUGCAACUGAACAGGAUUGCCACCACACUCAGUACCUUACAGAUCCAGUACUCGAGUGAUGCCCAAGUCACUGUACCCAGGGCAGAGAUGAGGCCAGUGAAACACAAAUGGACCAUGAUUUCAAGGGAUAACAAUACUAAGCUGGAACACACUGUUUUGGUGGGUGGGACCAUUGACCUGGAUUGCCCAGGCCAAGGAGAUCCCACCCCACAUUUGGAGUGGCUUCUGGCUGAUGGGAGUAAAGUGAGAGCUCCUUAUGUUAGUGAGGAUGGACGAAUCCUCAUAGACAAAAAUGGAAAACUGGAGCUCCAGAUGGCCGACACUUCUGACACAGGCCUAUACCACUGCAUAAGCACUAAUUACGGUGAUGCAGAUAUUCUUACCUACAGGAUAACCGUGGUAGACACCUCUGCAGAAGCUUAUCAUGGAGAUGGCGUUCAUCACACAGUUUUCAGUGGUGAAUCACUAGAUCUUCCAUGCGUUUCUAAUGGUAGCCCAGAUGCCUCUACUAGCUGGAUUCUUCCAGGAAACACUGUGCUCUCUGAGUCCUCAAAAGAAAAGCAAAUUCUUAAUAAUGAUACACUAAGAAUAGUACAGGUCAGCCAAAAAGACCAAGGCCACUAUCGUUGUAUAGCUGCCAACCCAUCUGGGGUCGAUUUUUUGAUUUUCCAAGUUUCAGUCAAAGUAAAAGGACAAAGGCGAGUGGAACAUGAUGUGGAAGCAGAUGGAUCAGGACAUGAUGAGUCCAAUCCCAUUGCCCAUCCUCAGGAGUCUCCAGCUAGGCAGCUCCCUACAUCUGCUCCAGAGAGGCCCGGGGUUGGAAAACAAUUCUCAAGUGCAAGGAAAAGACACAACAAUCGGGAGUUAACACAGCGGUGGCACGGAGAUUCCACACGCCGCCGGUUCAGGGAACACAGGAGGCACUUCCCUCCCUCUGCUCAGAGAAUUGACCCACAACGCUGGGCAGCACUCAUGGAGAAAGUGAAAAAGAAUGCUGUGCCAGAACGAAGAGAAAUGACUACAGUAAGGCCACCCCCAGCUGUCACCCAGUUCUUGAAAGUACCUGGCGAGGAAGACGACUCUUCAGGCAGGCUCCCUCCAGAGGAGGAACUUAAGGUCUUGGCAGCCAAAGCUUCCACUGCUCCAGCCAGGAUGGUGACUGCUGACUCCAGAACAGUGUCUCCUAGCUCCGUGACAAGUAUGCCUUCUGGCACGGAAGUCUCACCAGUUCCAAGUCCACAAGUACUACCAUCUGUAAAACCAAUGGAUUUCAGACUAUCUAAUGCUGUUAAAACCACAGCACGAUCAAAGAAUAUAAGCCCAACUACAUCAAGUGCAAUGAAAGGCGCAAACAACCAAAAUUCAUCCAUUAUUUUUUCACUGCUACCUGGAACAAGCAAAGUUCAUGAUACUGAUCAGAUUGGAAUAAAAGAACAUUUCCAAAGCACAAUCCCAGUAACAGUAAGGACUGUGAUCAAAGACACCCACAUCAAAAUGCAUGCUAGUACUAAUGACAAAGCAGACCUAUUCUUAGCACCAGAAACUGCCACAAGGGGUCAGCAGACAUCGAUGAUGGGCAUCGGUGAGUCUAGCACCGAUGUGUUCUACCUUCACCCUACUCAACAGCUUAGCACUUCCAAGCUCCCUUCAGAUCCGUACACUGCUGCUCAUUCUCAGUUUCAGAGUCCUAGAAAUAGUACAACUAACAUUCCUCCGACCAGACGCUUUGGAAGACGGAGGAAAAUUUGGGUCAGGGGGCGAGUUAUCAGUCCAUAUAGGACUCCAGUGCUCCGGCGGCAUAGAUACGGCAGGCCAACAUCCAGAGGUUAUUCUGAAGAAAACACUACUGCAUUUUUGGCCCCAGAGUUCAAUGUGGUUUGUCCCUCCUGUCCUCCCAGAAGGAGCCCUACUACUACUCCAACAGUAUUAUCUCUUUUAAGUUCUCCUAGCACCCUCCCCAAAGCGGACAUUGCCAGAGCCACAUCAGGAGAAUCUACAACUCUUGUCCAGAACUCAUCAUUACUAUCUGAGAACACACUACAUGUAGGUAAUGAGAAAACAGCACCCAGCAUAAAAUACUUCAGUGCUGAAAAUACCCAGGUGACUCCAACUGAUACAGGCCCGACUUAUACCCCAACAUCUUUAUCUAUGGAAAAAAGUUUUAAAACAGAUGUGAGUGACUCUGGUGUGUCUAACAUCGGUGAAGCUAAAAGAGAUUCAGUGAUUCUAUUGCCACCUUCAGAAUCCAUCACCAAGCCAUCGAUGCCUACUACUAUGGCCAUUACAAGAUUAUCAAGAAGGAAAUUUCCCUGGCAUCACACCUUUGUAAAUAACCAUAACCAAAAAGAGAGAUUAAGGAAUCUGCAUAAACACGGUUUUGAAAACACGGUCAUGAUGCUUCCUAAAACAUCUCCUGCUUUACCCACGGAUCCAAUUGCCCCCUCCUACUUCACAACACUCUCAACAAGUCUCAUACAAAUUCCAUCUGUAACACUGCCCACAACUCACUACCAAACCAUGGAAACACACAGUCCCCAAAGUCUCCCUACAGUGAAGGAGCUGCCCUUCCCAGCUUUUUACUCUAUGCCUCCUAGCACCACAAGCAUAGCCUCAAGUACAGCGAGCUUCCAACCUGUAAAAAUGGACACACUGGCACCUCUGACUACUGCCCCUGCACCUGUAAUGAUGUAUAAAACCCAAACAGUCGGACCAAGGGUACAAAAAUUAAAAAGGAAAAAGGGGCCUCAGAAUAGGAAAGACCCAAACAUCUCUCCAGGCCAGAGUUCUGGCUUCACGACAUCCACUGAUCUGACACCUCUUGCUCUAAACACAGCCAAGAUUUUAAUCAAACCCAGUGUCUCUGCUUCCACUCACUCUUCUCUAGAAAACACCAAGGGAAUUUCAAGUACAACUGGUCUUCCUUCAAGAACUCUUAAUUUGACAGAUGUAAUUGAAGAAGUCCCCCUAGAGAGUCCUCAGACUUUGAGGGGCACAAUUGCUUCUGAAACAACUCGGUCCAGUAAAUCACACAAGAUUACCACAACUAGGAAAACAAUCACGAAACACUCAACUGUGCCACCAUUCCAGAGCAGCAGUGCUACUGUAAUGCCAAGUCCCACCUCCUCUGCCUUUAUGCAAAGUACAGUUACUGACAAAGCAGCAGUUCCCAUUUCUGAGACGUCGAUGAAUGCAGUGAUCAAGCCUCAUGAAUCCACACAGUACAAUACCAAUCGACAGCAAUUAGCUGCAGAGGUUACCUCAUCUCUUGAGGCUCCUGCAAAAGCCAAGUUUGCAAUUGGAACCACUCACUUUACCUACUCUAAUCUGUUAAAUACUACUCCUAUGCCAGCACUAGUAACAGUGACACCACAGAUUUCAAAAUGGACUACCUCUCCCUUGCCAGAAAUUGUUGAAGGCAGCAAAAAUCCUUCAUUAAGCAUGCUUCCCACUCUAGGCUUGCCACAGUCCACCCCUCAUACUUCCAGUUGGGAUAGACAGAAGAAUGCAAAGAAAACUGGCUUUGAUAUGAAACCCAUUCAAAAACUAACAACUUCUAAACUCCUUCCCUCUGACUCUCUGUCUAGGAAUGUAUUUGAAAAGCCCAGAAUAGUUGGAGGGAAAGCUGCAAGUUUUACAGUUUCAGCUAACUCAGAUGCCUUUCUUCCCUGUGAAGCUAGUGGGAACCCCCUUCCCACCAUCCACUGGACCAGAGUCUCUUCAGGACUUGAACUUUCUAAAAUAAAACAGAACAGCAGGUUCCAGGUGCUACCCAAUGGCACCCUGUUCAUCCAGAGGGUGGACAUUCAGGACCGUGGACAGUACCUGUGCUCAGCAUCCAAUCCGCUUGGGACAGACCACCUUCAUGUCACUUUGUCCGUAGUCUCCUAUGCCCCCAGGAUCCUGGAGAAACGCACCAAAGAGAUCACACUUCAUUCUGGAAGCACCGUGGAACUGAAAUGCAGAGCGGAAGGCAGGCCAAGCCCUACGAUUUCCUGGAUACUUGCAAACCAAACAGUAGUCUCAGAAUCUGAGGGAAACAGACAGGCCUUAGUGACACCUGAUGGAACACUGGUCAUCCACAGUGUCAGCGUUUAUGAUCGUGGCUUUUACCAAUGCAUAGCCAGCAAUGCAGUUGGCCAGGAUUCACUACUGGUAAAGAUGCAAGUCAUUGCAGCCCCACCUGUGAUUCUAGAACAAAAGAGGCAAGUCAUUGCAGGGGCUUGGGGUGAAAGUUUGAAACUGCCCUGCACCGCCAAAGGAACCCCUCAGCCCAGUGUCCACUGGGUCCUCUCUGAUGGUACUACAGUGAAACCAUUGCACUUUACUAAUUCCAAAUGGUUCUUAUAUUCAAAUGGGACUCUGCAUAUAAGAAACAUAGGCUCUUCAGACAAGGGCAUGUACGAAUGUAUUGCUACCAGUUCCACUGGCUCAGAGAGGAGAGUGGUUAUACUUACAGUGGAAGAGCGAGACACCAUUCCCAGGAUAGAAGUUGCAUCCCAGAAAUGGACCCAGGUGAAUUUUGGGGAUAAAUUGCUACUGAACUGCUCAGCCACAGGAGAACCCAGACCCAAAAUAAUUUGGAGGUUACCAUCCAAGGCUGUUGUCGACCAGUGGCACAGAAUGGGCAGCCGAAUCCACGUGUACCCAAAUGGAUCCCUGUUCAUUCAGUCAGUUACAGAAAAAGAUGGCGGAGACUACUUGUGUGUGGCAAGAAACAAACUGGGAGAUGAUCUGAUCUUGAUGCAUGUCAGCCUAACGCUGACACCUGCCAAAAUUGACCACAAGCAGCAUUUCAGGAAGCAAGUCCCCUAUGGCAAGGAUUUCCAAGUUGACUGCAAAGCUUCUGGCUCCCCAGUGCCCGAGAUCUCCUGGAGCCUGCCUGAUGGAACAAUGAUCAACAACGCAAUGCAAGCAGAUGACAGCAGCCGCAGGACCAAGAGGUACACCCUUUUCCACAACGGAACCUUGUACUUCAACAAGGUUGGGAUCGCAGAAGAAGGAGAUUACACCUGCUAUGCACAGAACACUCUGGGGAAAGACGAGAUGAGGGUUCACCUCACAGUGAUCACAGCAGCCCCACGGAUAAGGCAGGGUUACAAGGCCAGCACAAGAGUCAAAGCCGGAGACACAGCCGUCCUUGACUGUGAGGUCAUCGGGGAGCCCAAACCAAAGAUAUUUUGGUUUCUGCCAUCCAAUGACAUGAUCUCAUUCUCCUACGGUAGGUACACAUAUCACACCAACGGGUCUCUGUCCAUCCACAAAGUACAACCGCUUGACUCUGGAAAGUACGUGUGCGUGGCCCGAAAUCCCAGGGGGGAUGACAGCAAAAUGCACAAACUGGAUGUUGUCGCUCAGCCUCCGUUAAUCAACGGCCUGUAUACAAACAAAACGGUCCUUAGAGUCACGGCUGUGAGACACUCCAAGAAGCACCUGGACUGCAAAGCCGAAGGGACCCCCCCUCCUCAAGUCAUGUGGAUUAUGCCAGACAACAUUUUCCUCACAGCCCCGCACGAUGGAGGAAGGGUCACAGUCCAUAAAAAUGGAACCUUGGAAAUCAGGAACGUGAGGCCUUCCGAUGCCGCGGAUUUUACCUGCGUGGCUCGGAAUGAGGGCGGAGAGAGCGUGUUGGUGGUACAGCUCGAAGUCCUGGAAAUGCUGCGAAGACCGACGUUCAGAAAUCCGUUCAAUGAAAGGAUAGUUGGCCAGCUUGGAAAGGCCACAGCAUUAAAUUGCUCUGUGGAUGGGAACCCCCCACCUGAAAUAAUCUGGAUCCUACCAAAUGGCACACAGUUUUCCAAUGGGCCACGCAAUUCUCAGUAUCUGAUAGCAAGCAAUGGUUCUUUCAUCAUUCAUAGAACGACUCGGAACGAUGCAGGAAAAUACCGGUGUGCUGCCAGAAAUAAAGUCGGAUACAUUGAGAAAUUGAUUAUAUUAGAAAUUGGCCAGAAGCCAGUUAUUCUUACGUAUGCCCUUGGAAUGGUUAAAAGUGUCAGUGGAGAAUCUGUGUCACUACACUGUAUGUCUGACGGAGUCCCUAAGCCAAAUAUCAAAUGGACCUUACCCAGUGGUUAUGUACUAGAUAGGCCUCAAAUUAAUGGGAAAUACAUAUUGCAUGAAAAUGGCACCUUAGUUAUCAAAGCAGCAACAGCUUAUGACAGAGGAAACUAUGUUUGUAAGGCUCAAAACAGUGCCGGGCAUGCACUGAUCACAGUGCCAGUCAUGAUUAUAGCCUACCCUCCCCGAAUUACAAGUCGCCCACCCAGGAGCAUCCUCACAAGGACAGGAGCCGCCUUCCAGCUCCACUGUGUGGCCCUGGGAGUCCCCAAGCCACAGGUCACAUGGGAGAUGCCUGACCACUCCCUGCUCUCGACAGGCAGUGAAGGACGGACAUAUAGACGUGAGGUGCUUUACCCACAGGGUACCCUUGUCAUUCAGAACCCCCAAACCUCAGAUUCUGGGAUAUACAAAUGCACGGCAAGGAAUGCACUUGGGAGUGAUUCUGCAACAACUUACAUUCGAGUCAUAUGAUAGGAAGUAAAACUGAACAAAGUCAACAUCUGGACAGAGUUUAUUUUUUGGAAGAAGUUUUAAUCAAAGGCAGCCAUAGGCAUGUAAAUGGAUUUGAAUACAUUUACAGUAUUAAAUUUACAAUGGACAUGCAAAAAAAAAAAGACUUGUAAAUCAUUGCAUUAUGAACUGAUACUGAUUUCUUUAAUGGAUCUCAAAACAAACUUUUAACUUAAGGCACUUUUAUUUUGCCAACAAAUAACAAUAAACAUUAAGAGGAAACUGUCCACCAUAAAACAACAAAUGGCUAAUGUACCUGAAUUUUUUCAAUCAGAAUGGAUUUGUUUUUCUUCUACCAGUUGCCUAGUGUCCAUAUUCUAUCAAUGUCACAAGCAUUGCACUCGGAACAGCGACAGUGGGAAAAGAUUAACUUGCAGUCUUUAUGGAAAUUUACCAUCUUGAUGUAUAAACUUUUUGUGGUUGGUUUAUAAAUAUUGCUAAGAUCUACAGAAAAUAAGCACUCAA